UUUUCUUGCAAAUCUUUUUAAUCACAAACAAAUGGGUAAAAUUUCAUCAACUUUGUGCUUGUUUCUUCUCCUUGUUUUUGUGGCAGGCAGCAGUGGGGCUCGCGACACAGCGGGUAGUAUCAAUGCAAAUGUGAUAGUACCAAAUGACCAAUGCUUAACAAAUCUAGGCGUAUGCAGUGAUAAACUUUGUGACGCACAGUGCUGUGCGAAGAACUGUUUUGAUAAUUUCAAGGACGAAAAUCCAUCUGGUACUUGUGAGACACUCCCUGGCUCUGCAUUGAAACUUUGCAAUUGUCACCAUGAUUGUUAGAAAGUAAAAAAAAUAGUGGAUCCAAAGUAUUAAUUUGAUGCUUUGUUAGGAUGGGAUGAUAUGUCUAUGAAUACUUGUUUAAAGUUCAUUGCUAUG